UAGAAACUUGUCUAAUGCAUGGUGGUGGCUAGGUUCGCAAGCCUAGUUUGCUAUAAGUUACGGAUUAUACGUAAUGCUAUGACUGAAGCUUGAUGUAAUUUGUUGAUGCGGAUCAAAAUGAUCACAGAUAGCUAUUCAAAGUCUAGAUCUAGCUCAUAUCAAGUUAAUUGACUAACUAGCAAUAACUGGUUAACUAUUUACCGUGCUGAGAUAAGAAUUAAAUCUUUGGAUCUUGAAUGCCAGCCCCGAACUGGUUGAAUAUCCAAUGCCUAGUACAUACAAAAUCAUUAGUCAGUCCUACAACAACAACAACAACAACAACAUCAAUUGAUGGACCACGAGAGGAUUGAGGCCAACUGCAAACCGGCGACAGUCUGAAUCAAAAUCUUCAACAUGGAAUCUUUAAUCCAACGGGAUAUUAUACUUAGCCCGGAGCUUUUCAAAUUAUCCAUUCCUUCGUUUCCACAUCCCGGACGGACUUGCAGUGUGGCUUGACGAAAUUUUCGCGAUCGGCAAUAUUAAUUCUCCAUACCAGGUCGUUAUACCUUGUACCGUUGUCGGUGAUUGAAUGUUGACUAUGAGAUGUUUUAUACGGGUCUCGGUUCUGGUUCGGGUGCUCAGAGUUGAUUUCGCUAUGACUGCAUAUAAAUCAUUUCUUAUCAUUGGAACUACUUUUAUUCUCUUCUCCUCUCUUUCUUAUCCUAGUCACCUCGGUUUUGAUGUUGACUGGGCGGAUUCAUUGAAUACCAUUUUACCAAGGAGGGGUGCGAUCCUGGUACAUAUGUACAUAAAAUAUCUUUCCCAGCGAAUAUCGGACAUGAAAAAUUGGAUAAUACAUGACAUGAAAACACUGCAGAACUGUAUUAUUGAAAAGCGACGAGAAUCUCGCCGAUUAAUCAUCCACAAUAAGAAUGAUGAACAUGGUUGGUGUAACUUGUCAACAAACAUCUCUUGGUACUGUUGGUCGCACACCCUAGCCAAGGAUAAAAUCGGAAGACAAAUUACCGGCUCGCUUAGAAAGAAACAAAAUAUAGGUUUUUUUGCUUGUUGUUGGUCUUCUUUUCUCGUAUAUUUAGGCUCCGGUGUAUACUAAAUCUAGUCACCGCAGACUUGCC